AUGCCGACGGGGACCAUCAAGAAGUUCUUCGAGGACAAGGGCUUCGGCUUCAUAACGCCUGAUGGUGGUGGCGAGGACGUGUUCGUGCACCGCAAGGUGAAUGGUCAAGAUCGCACCGCGUAUCUCGAGGAGGGCGACGCCGUCACGUACGAGGUGGAGUGGGACGACCGCAAGGGCAAGUACUCGGCAGCAUCCUGCUCGGGUCCCUGGAAGACAGGCGGUGGCGAUGGCGGCGGCGGAUGUGGCGGCUGGGGUGGUGGCGGCGGCAAGGGUGGCGGCAAGGGUGGCGGUGGCGGCUGGGGCGGCGGCGGCGGUGGGUGGUAG